UUUUUUUUUUUUAAAUUAGUUUUUAUGCUGAAAACCUACUUCCAAUUUUUAUACUCAAUUCGCUUUACAGACCCACCCUUUAAUUUAACCAUCCAUUCCCCUCAUUUUUUUUAUUCUUCAAUUUUUACUUUUAUUUUUCCUCAUUUUUGGAAUUGGGGUGAAGGAGGUGGCAUGGUGUUUUGAUAUGAAGAAAAAGAAGAAUGUAAAGAAGAAAAAAGAAAAUGAAAAGAAAAAUAAAAAGAUUCUGAAGGGGAGUGGGUCAGGAAUAGGUUAAAUUAAGGGUGGAUUUGUAAAGGGGAUAAAGUAUUAAAAUUGGGGGUUUUUCAGCAGUUCAUGCGGUGCCACGUUUACCUCCAUAAGAUUAGGGGUAAAUUUGAGCAGUUGUAUAAGGGCACGGGUAGCUGUAGACGAAUACUCACAUGGAGGAUAAUUUUAUAUACUAUUUCCGACAGUACAUAGGUAUAUUUAACCCUUUUUCCGAAAGUAAAAGGAUAAGCUUUUUCCAAUUAUUCACUACGAUGAGCUGUCAAAGUACAUGAAGCAAAAGGCACACCAAACACAUACCCUACAUGAAUUUAUCGUUUAUUUCGGUCCCUUUCUACACUCCCAACUACCCUUCAUCUCUUGCCUCAAAUUUUCAGCUCAGAAAGUAAUGAAUAUUCAAGAAAGAAGACCCCAUUAUGAGGUCUUUGUUCUUUCGUUGGGUGAAAAGUCAUACUCUUUAAAAAGAGAAAUGACAGUUCUGUUUUUUCUUCUUCGUAUGACUGUCAACUGUGUUAAUAGCAAACAUAAUUGUACGAAUUACAAGUAAUUAAAUCCACUGGCAAAAGAGAAAAAGAUAAGGUCAUUCAACAACAAGUUAGUGUACUCUGAUCAUUCUAGUUUGUAUAUUACUCUUAGCAUUGAACAGGUAAAACUAAGAGCUUUCAGAAAUGGAUAUUGGCUUAACAGUUGGUGGUGCAUUUCUCUCUUCACUUCUGCAAGUUCUCUUUGAUAGGCUUGCUCCUCAAGGUGAGCUGCUGAAGAUGUUUCAAAGGGGCAAGCAUGAUGUUUUGCUGUUAAAGAAGCUGAGGAGGACUUUGCGUGGUCUUAAGAUUGUGCUAAAUGAUGCAGAGAAUAAGCAAGCAUCAAAUCCAAAUGUGAGCGAGUGGCUUGAUGAACUUCGGGAUGCUGUGGACAGUGCUGAAAACUUAAUGGAAGAAAUCAAUUAUGAAGUUCUGAGAGUUAAGGUGGAAGGUCAGUAUCAAAAUCUUGCAGACACAAGCAACCAGCAGGGAAGUGACCUCAACUUGUGCUUGAGUGAUAAAUUUUUUCUUUACAUAAAGGACAAGUUGGUAGAUACCAUUGAAACAUUGGAGGAGUUGCAAAAGCAAAUUGGCUGCCUUGGCCUAAAUGACCAUCUUGACUCGGGUAAACAAGAAACUAGAAGACUUUCAACUUCUGCGGUUGAUGAAUUUGAUAUCUUUGGUAGGCAGAAUGAAAUAAAUAUAUUGGUUGACCGUUUAUUGUCUGAUGAUGCAAAUGAAAAAAAGUUGACUGUAAUUCCUAUUGUUGGAAUGGCAGGUGUUGGCAAGACAACACUUGCAAAAGCUGUUUACAAUGUUGAGAAGAUAAAAGAUCAUUUUGAUUUGAAAGCUUGGAUUUGCGUGUCUGAACCAUAUGAUAUUUUUAGAAUAAUAAAAAGGUUACUUCAAGAAAUUGGUUCAUCCAACUUGUUGGUUGAUAACAACCUAAAUCAGCUUCAGAUCAAAUUGAAGGAACACUUAAAGGAAAAAAAGUUUCUUAUUGUUUUAGACGAUGUUUGGAAUGACAACUACAACGAGUGGGAUGACUUGAGAAAUUCUUUUUCACAAGGAAAAAAUGGAAGUAAGAUCAUCGUGACGACGCGUAAGGAGAGUGUUGCCUUGAUGAUGGGUAGUGGGCCAAUUAACGUGGGAACUUUGUCUACUGAAGUCUCUUGGCCUUUAUUCAAAAGACAUGCAUUUGAAAAUAGGGAUCCUAAGGAACAUCCAGAACUUGAAGAGGUAGGAAAACAAAUUGCAAAGAAGUGCAAAGGUUUGCCUUUAGCACUAAAGACGCUUGCUGGUUUGUUGCGCUCCAAAUCAGAGGUUGAAGAGUGGACACGUGUUUUGAGAAGCGAAAUAUGGGAACUGCCGGAUAACAGCAUAUUACCAGCGCUGAUGCUGAGCUACAAUGAUCUUCCCAUGCAUUUGAAGCAAUGUUUUUCCUAUUGUGCAAUAUUUCCCAAAGAUUAUCCAUUUUGCAAAAAACAAGUCAUUCAACUCUGGAUUGCUAAUGGUCUCGUACAACAGUUGCAAAAAGAUGAAACAAUUGAAGAUUUAGGCAACCAAUACUUUCUCGAGUUGCGAUCAAGAUCGUUGUUUGAAAGGGUCCAAGAGUCUUCUAAAAGGAUGGUAGAGGUAUUCUUAAUGCAUGACCUUGUCAAUGAUUUGGCCCAAAGUACAUCUUUGAAACUUUGUAUCAAUUUGGAAGAUAACGAAGGAUCUCAUAUGUUGGAGAAAAGUCGACACAUGUCAUAUUCAAUGGGAUAUGGUGACUUUGAGAAAUUGAAAUCCCUCUACAAAUUGGGAGAGCUGAGAACAUUGCUUCCAAUUAGUUUUGAGCUGGAUAGUUUGUUUCCUCUAAGCAAGAGGGUGCUGCAUAACAUUUUGCCAAGUCUAAUAUCCUUAAGGGCACUAUCAUUGUCUCGUUAUCAAAUCAAGGAGUUGCCAAAUGCCUUGUUUAUCAAAUUAAAGCUCCUAAGAUAUUUGGACCUUUCUCGGACAGAAAUAAAACAGUUACCAGAUUCAAUUUGUGUACUGUACAACUUAGAGACACUUCUCUUGUCACACUGUAGUUAUCUUGAGGAGCUACCCCUGCAGAUGGAAAAGUUGAUCAACUUGCAUUACCUUGACAUUAGUAGCACUUAUCGCUUAAAGAUGCCGCUACAUCCAAGCAAGUUGAAAAACCUCCAUAUGUUAUUGGGAGCUAAUUUUUUUCUAGGUGGCUGCAGUAGUCUGAGAACAAAAGAUAUGGGUGAACUACAUAACUUGUAUGGAUCUCUAACAAUUUUAGAGUUGCAAAAUGUGGUUGAUAGAAGGGAAGCUCUGAAGGCAAGCAUGAGGGAAAAGGAACAUGUUGAAAAGUUAACAUUGUAUUGGGGUGGAAGUAUUGCUGAUAAUUCACAAAAUGAAAGAGACAUACUUGAUGAGCUGCAACCAAAUACAAAUACAAAAGAAAUCCUAAUCAUUGGAUAUAGAGGGACAAAAUUUCCAAAUUGGCUAGCUAAUCAUUUGUUUGUUAAGCUGGUGGAGUUGUCUCUUGUUUGUUGCAAGGACUGUGAUUCGUUGCCAGCUUUAGGAGAACUUCCUUCUUUGAAGUUUCUUGCCAUUAUGGAAAUGGAUCGAAUAGCAGAGGUGACUGAAGAAUUCUAUGGUAAUUCGUCCUCCAGAAAGCCUUUUAACUCUCUUGAGAGGCUUGAAUUUGCAGAUAUGCUGGAGUGGAAGCAGUGGCAUGUACUAGAAAUUGGAGAGUUCCCUAGACUUCAGUAUCUUUCAAUUGAAAGCUGCCCCAAGUUGAUUGGAAAGUUUCCUGAAAAUCUUUGUUCUUUGACAAGAUUGACAGUUUCAAAAUGUCCUGAACUACUUUUAGAGACACCCAUCCAACUCUCAAGUUUAAAUGAGUUUGAAGUUGUUGGCUCUCCUAAGGUUGGAGUUCUUUUUGAUCAUACUGAACUUUUUACAUCACAACUUCAGGGAAUGAAGCAGAUAGUUGAAUUACGUCUUAUUGAUUGUCACUCUCUUACCUCCUUACCUAUUAGCAGUCUGUCAAGUACGUUGAAGGAAAUAAAGAUAUCUUAUUGUGGGAAAUUGAAAUUAGAGCCAUCAGUUAGUGAGAUUCUUUCAAGCGGAUGGAACAUGCUUCUCAAGAGUUUGAUACUUAAAGGAUGUGAUUCUAUGGAUGAUAUAUCACCUGAGUUGGUUCCAAGAGCAGGAGAAUUGAGAGUAGAUCAUUGCCACCACCUGACAAGGCUUUUGAUUCCCACUGGGACUGAACUUCUGGAUAUUUCUGGAUGCAGGAAUCUUGAAAUACUUUCGGUGGCAUGCGGUGUUCAGAUGAUGUCAUUGCGUCGUUUGGGUAUUUUCAAAUGCCAAAAGCUUAAGUCACUGCCAGAACGAAUGCAGGAACUCUUUCCAUCUCUUAAAGAACUGUUACUCGAAGAUUGUCCAGAAAUCGAGUCCUUUCCUGAAGGAGGAUUGCCUUUCCAUUUAGAAGUCCUUCGGAUCGAGUAUUGCCAAAAACUGGUGAAUGGCCAAAAGAAGUGGUGUUUACAGAGAUUCCCCUGUCUCACAGAUUUAAGCAUCAUUCAUGAUGGUAGUGACGAAGAAAUUCAUUUGGAGUUACCUUGCUCAAUUCGGCGUCUUACUAUAUACAAUCUGAAAACAUUUAGCAGCCAGGAUAUCAAGAGCCUCACCUCUCUUGAAUCUCUACAUACUGGUAAGUUACCUCAAAUUCAGUCACUGCUCGAAGAAGGGCUUCCCUCGUCUCUCUCUGAACUAAAAUUGUGUUACCAUCAUGAGCUCCAUUUGCUACUGACGGAAGGUCUUGGACGCCUAACCUCACUUCAAAGUCUACGGAUCAUGUCCUGCAAUGAACUCCGAUCUCUUCCAGAGUCAGUGCUGCCCUCCUCCCUCUCUAAGCUGAGCAUCUAUGAUUGUCCUAAUCUCCAAUCUAUUCCAGAAUCAGCGCUGCCCUCCUCCCUCUCUGUGCUGAUCAUCCAGAUUUGUCCCAAUCUUCAAUCUCUUCCAGUAAAAGGGAUGCCCUCUUCCCUUUCUGAGCUGAGUAUUAGUUUUUGCCCUAAUCUCCAAUCUCUUCCAGUAAUAGGGAUGCCCUCUUCCAUCUCUAGACUAUCUAUUUACAAGUGCCCGCUGCUCGAACCACGUCUAGAAUUUGAGAAGGGGGAUUACUGGCCAAAAGUUGCUCAUAUUUCCACCGUACAAGUCGACGGGGAACAUCUGUGAUGAACGAGUGGUGCUAUAAUAGAUAGAGGAUACCUGCUGCAUAUGAUCAAUCCUCUAUCUGUAAGUUGCAUUGUAAGCCGAACCUGAGACAAGCAUUUCUUCCGACCAACCUACUGAAGCAUUGUGUUCUGUAUGGUGCACAGCUUUUCCAAAUUUGUUUCCAAGGCCAAGAUGAGACGGCGAUGGAAUUUUCCUUUGAAGGAUGGAGUAGCAUGACUUAACAGAAAAAAACUUCUUCUGCACCCUUUCAGCACAAGCACACACUAUGCUGUUCCCAGUCAUUGCAGUUCCUUCAAAAGUCUAAAUUCCACCCAUGAUUGGAGUAAUAAUCAGCAACAAGAGCUAUCUGAUUGGAAGCCAAAGCAAAGAGGUCAGGGAACUGUUGUUUGAGAAGGGAAUGACCCACCCAAGCAUCAUGCCAAUGCUUAUCUUCCUUCCAUCUCCCAAAUGAAAAUAGUGCGUAGCUUCUAUCUCCACUAUGAAGCCAAGGAAUCAUCUUCAGAUCGGGAUGAAUUUAAUGUUAGAUCAUGCCAAAGUCAAGGGAGUUGAGAAAGGAGGAUAUGGUUUAGAGUUACGUACAUGCACUCUUGAAUGCAAAGCUCUAAUAGAAUCAAAGGAUUUUGGUAAAAAUAUAUAAGCUAUUAGAGCUCUUGGCUCAUUUGGUGAAAGUAAAGUUGUGCUAACAUUCUCUAUUGAAUAGACAAUCACCUCAACUGUGGUCUACCAGCAAAUUGUAAGUGAAGAGAGCUUAAAAUAGGUCUGCAGUUUUGUUAUAGCUGAGUGUGACAUUAAGCUUACAUUGCACUGUUUAUAUAUUGCUCCAGGUUUUCUUCCAAAAUAUCAUAACAAAUCCGUGAGCAGUGUUUGACAGAAUGGAAACAUUUUGCUUGAAGUAUCUCCUAAUGAAUGACCUAAGCGUGGGACGAAUAUUAACCUUGUCAUUUGGAGCUUGAUAAGCAUGAAGAUAUGUUGUACUCCUGGUGAUAUGCAGUACAAUACAAAGGAAUUUGAUGCAAAAUGAUUUCUCCGCUUAUGAGUCUGGAACUGCCUUGCUUAAUUGAGAAGUUACAAUUCGAAUUAAAAAACCCUUUCUCCGUCAGUGGUGUACAACUCGAGCAUUACCCUGUGCUCCAAUCUCUUCUAGGAAAAGGGCUACCCUCGUCCACUGCUAAAACUGCAUCUUGAAAUUGAGGAAGUGAGAGGAGUGGCCAAAGAUUGCUCAAACCCAUUGUAUGAGUUGAUAGUGAACUCAUUGGUGGUAUUAUUAAGGUAAAUGAUUCUCCAAAUUAAGGUGUUUAUUAAUAUUCGAGUCUUCUGUUUGCCAGUUUAUUAAUUGUUUUUCUAUGCUAAUAUUCCAGACUGCCUUGUGUUAUU